AAAACAUUUCACAGCAAAGAGGAGACGCCCACCUUAGCGUUCCUUAAGGAACAACGCACGAUUUAACCCUGGAAGUAGACUUGCUGCUACUAGCUGGUUAGCUACUAGUAACGUACAAAGCUGUAGCUCUCGCGGAGAGAAAAAAACGCACAGACUGCAGUGCCUAUUGAAGGAGACGCAAACAAAAAAAAGAACUGGCUGUUUACAUGUUCCUUUCACGCGCAAGCCCGGAGGAAGAGAAAUAGAUAUUUCCAUGUUCAGCAAGCAGUUGUGGGUUACAGUUCUGGAACCGCGGUGCCCUCGGAGUAUUUACAUUUGGGUGUGACAAAUGUCUUUAGUCACCCCCUGUACCACUUCCCAGGAAAUAAUCAUAGAGGAAUUGAAGAAACACGUGAAGAAAUUGCUCGUGGAUGGAAAGUGAUAUUACAGUUUCGAUUAAAGUUGAAUUGCGAACCCAUGUUUGGGUAUUCUGUUUAUAUUUCCAUUAACUGUCGUCUCGGGCUGUGAUUUGUUGACAUCCUUCAGUUGUGGUUUCUGAUGUAACAUUUUUUGGGGAGUUUUUUUUUUCUUUUCUGAGUGACUGAGCUCCAAAUGCAUUCACUGCUGGAUCGGAAGAAGAAAGAAGCCGGGGUUGGGAUAGAUCUGUCUCCGAGCUCUCUGCCCCAAGCUCCGAGGAUGUUCAGCUGUGUGGGCUGCUUUUGGGUGCUCUUAUCGUCGGCUCUGGUCGCGAUUUGUAGUUUCAGUUUUAUCUCCCCGGCAUGGAUUGUUAAAGAUCACCUGAAAAAUAAAGAUUCCGUGAGCUUCGGGUUACUCUGGCACUGUUCCGAGUCCCUGGACCAUAUGUACAGAUGUUACACAUUUGGAGGGCUUGGAAAAUUCGCUGAAAUUCCUUCCAGUUCCUGGCAGACGAGCGCGGUGCUGUGUUCCGGCGGAUGCGCGCUCCUGGCCGUCAGCUCCCUGCUGGCCAUCAUCACCAUCUUCCUCCCGAGCGGGGCCUGCGAGCGGCGGAUUUGCACGCUGGCCGGGUACAUGCAGAUGGCCGCGGUUUUCAUCAUGGCGUCUGGACUGCUGGUGUAUCCUUUCGGACUCAAUUCGGCCCUGGUGAAGUCCUUCUGUGGGGAUUCCGGCAUUUACUACGCGGGAGAGUGCCAAAUCGGCUGGGGCUACAUGUUGGCCAUAGUGGGAGUCAUGCUCACCCUCUUCCUGCCUUUCUUUGCCAAAUAUGCACCGAAGGAGCACUUAUCUCCCACCCCUCUGCCCACCAUUUUAUAGUGACAACAUUUGCAGGUGACUCUUUAGAACGCAAGUGUGUGUAACACACCCAAAGUACACGUUUUCAUCUGUCAUGCGAAAUACUGCUUCCACAGUUCUUUACUUUACGGGAUGAAAUGGAUUUUGUAUCUGCCUGCCAAUCAAACUCACCUAACUAUUUUAUCACAUUGCAACAAAAAAGUUAUUGUUAUUUUUAUACUUCAGUUUUUUUUUUUUUUAUCAAUAUACUAAUCUGUUUGAAGGACUAGAUGUCUUUGCCUGACGUGCAAAGAUUGUGAACAACAGACCAAGAACAAUAAAUGACCAAUAUCUGGAAGUGUACCAGCCCCUUGUACAGUACAUGAAAUAAUUUUUGACUGUCAUUUGUAGGUGUAAGGGACUUAUGUCUGCUUUGGGUUACCGUAGCGUACCAUAGCCUGCUAUAAUGCAUGGGCUGUAAAUCUAACAUUCCAGAAUAAUCUCUGCUAUCAGGGAGUUUGUGCGUUUAGUGCGUGGAGGGGACAGCAGAAAGAGGAAACUUUGAGGUGAAAGAAGAAGAAACUUUUCAGGGGCUUUUUUAAAAAAAACUAACAGAAAAUCUUUCAAAAUUUUAAUUAUCUUUUUAUUGGUGAAAAACACUUCAGUGGACUGAACAUGGACUGAAUUGAAAAACUGAUAAGGAAAUUUGACAAAAUGGAUCUGAAGAUGGAUGUGAACUUGGAAAGGGAUAAAGGUGCUCAUUACAUCGGUGACUGUGCUGAACGGAUGUGCUGUGUUUUGAGUUUUUGUUGUACAUAGUGUCUGGACUUGAGACCAGCUGCAGUAUCUAACAACGCCGUGACUGUGAGGCAUUUGAGAAGGGAAGAAAUUGAAGGUGAAAUAAUAACUUAUACAUAUUUUAUGUGCAUUUUAAAUGUCUUGUGGCUGCACGGCCAAACUUCAUACAACAUGUAUCAGUGAUUUCUUUUUAAAAACCUGAAAAUGUCAGUAGACCAACCUAACUGUCAAAGAGAAGUACCAGAAAUCCACGUCACCUGCCUUCUGAAAAUCCAGUCUUUUCAAAAUAUAAAGAAAGGAAUUCUAUCAUGUGACUAAAUAAAUACACGUAAUGACUUCAAAACUGUGUAAAUUGAUUUUUCACUGACUGGCGUAGGCAUAACAUACAUCUAUAUCGACCCUUUGCCAAGUGCUGAAGGAAGAACGCAUUUAAAAUCCAAAUCAGUAGGCUUUCUGUUAAGGGAUGGUCUUAAGCUACAGAAUAAUUCAGGAGCAAUGUACUUCAGGGGAAAAGGUAGAGAAAAGCAAGUGCUAUUUGCUGAAUAGCAGAUGACAUUGGGGUUGGUUCACAGUACCUAGUUUGGAUAAACUUGCUUAAACCCAACCGACUUGUGCCUUCAUACAGUAACAACUGCAACUUUCAAUACUGUUCAGGUUGUCAUCGAUUUCUGGAAAAACUGUGUAUUGUUCUGUGAAACGAUAAGCAUACUUGGUUUUGUUUCAUUCCUGUGUGUGUGUGUGUGUGGUACAUUUUCGUAAAUGUUUGCAGUUGUACUGUGUAGAAAGAACAUGAUUUUAACAGAGUUAAAUGCUACCGCAGUCCUGGUGUUUCCGAAUACGCGACGGUACUCUUCUCGCGCUAAAUCGCGCCCGGCACGUUUGUCAAUUAGCUACGUGGAAUAAAUCACCGUAAUCACUCUAUUAAAAAGGUCACGACGUGCUCUUAAUGCAUUCAUUUACCUUAGCAUAGGACUCUGCAUGGGAGAACUGUGGCCGUACAAAUUGAACGUGUCCUGUAGUUAUCAGUUACCCUGUAAUGUGUUAAGCAUGGCGAAAUUAAUGACCUCGUUAGCGGAGGUAAUGCAAGUUUUUUUUAUCUGUUCUGCAAAUUCCUUUUUUAAACUGUGUUCAAGGAUAAUUUAAUGGAUCAAGCAGUGUGCAGUAGAGCACCACAGACUCAACAUUAUCACACGAUCUCCCCUGCUCCAAACUGUUUUUUGCGCUGUCCUCAAUUUCAUGGUUACUUGUCUUAACAAUGGGAAAUAUUAAUGGAGCCUUCUGGGUGGAUGGGCUAAUAUAAAAUGGAAACUUGUUAAAAUAAUAAAAGAAAAUCACCCACGAUGAUGAUGUUAAACUUGUCAAAACCUCACUGGCUGUGCUUUGACUCUGAUUGUUGCAGAUAAUUUUUUUUAAGUGUGUUGAACAUUGUAUGUAUAGUCUUAACACUGGUGGAACUCUGUUUUGUAGAUUAGAUGUAAUGAGUUUCCAUUGUAUCUUUUGGUUGUAAAUAAAACAAAUUGUGUGAGCUCACUUUUCAUUCUAAAAUGUCCUUUUGAAAUAUAUAUUUUGAAAUAUUACCUCAUCAACAUGUGUUUAACCCCUGAAACUUAACAUUGUUAGCUGUUCUGUGGAUAUCCUUUGUAAUAAAAUGUUUCCUAAACCACAAAGAUA